GCGGUUGGCGGAUGCUGAGUCCCAACGUAACGUCGAAUGUCCAAGCAAUUUGUUCAAUUCCACGAUAAUUAACUCCAACCACCACGGAAAAAUAUCCAUUAAACAAUCAUCAAGCUUCACGUGACACAACUGACAAAUGUUCACCGAGUUAACCUCAAAAACGUGCAGAAAAAUAAUAAUUGACAUGUGAAAAAAUUACGUUUGUAUAUAUUACACAGAACCGUCAAAUAUUCAUUAUCGAGUGUGCAUUCCCUCUCUCGUGCCUGUGCGAGGGGCUGUAUGUACUGCGCUUGCGUCUGUUUUCAAUGCCUCAUGUUGUGUGUGUGCAGACCCCCGGGGAGUCAAAACCGUGAAAACGAGUGAGACAGAUGUAAUGACGUUCGAAUAUUGGAGUGAGAUAUCGGUAUUAUCACACGUUUCAUCGAGUCAAUGCACGUUAAUGUAUAUCAAAAUGCUCAGGAGAGUUAUGCGCUGAGGAUUUACUUUUCUCUCGGAUUUGCUUUUGUUUUUGAUAUUGGUUUUUUCGUCGGGGCCAUUGCGAAGUGACGUGCACGUGUGUAGUGUUUCAGUGUUUGACUCGCUGGAUUUCUGGGAGUUUUUUUUGUUUAUGAUCGUGAGGAGGUGGGUUUACUUGUGGGGGUGGAGAAGCGAGGAACGCACUUUUUAUGGUGUUAAAUUAUCUCCCACUAAAUCCAUCACCGGCCACAAAGACUGAAGGCAAUGUGGCUCAGUGGGGAAACUCGAGGAGGUGAUAACGACUUCUGACCUUGCAUAGAUUGGAUCCCAAAGCAGGAUCCCCCAAAUAAAUCCCCAAUCACUCCCAACCAACGAAAGACAAACGUUUUUCUCAUUUAUAUUCAUUAAGAACAAGAGAAGCAAAGUAUAUAGUAACGCUAGAUAACAACAACCACAAUAACGUUGGAAAAUAACGUACAUUACCUUCUACCUUGAAUCAAUAUACCUCGUACCUACAAGUACCUUCAAACAUCUACCUUCGACAGCGCAAUAGUGCCUGGGUCACCGAUUAUAUUAAAUAUUAAAAAGUACAUAAACAUAGAAUUGUUUGUUAUGAAGGAGGAUGGAGAGUUACAACGCCAAUGGUUGCAUCCUCAAUGAUUAAAUAGCGUUUAAUGAAACCAUAAAUCUUAUAAGUCGACGCACAUAUAUUCUAUGCUAAAGAAUUAAUUACUCAACACUCAAUCGAAACCAGGACAGACGAGUACCUGCAGGCAGAUAUAUUUAUCGAGUUUAUGAUAACCAAUACUUAAACAGUUGGUGAAUGAAUUUUCGUUAGAAUGAAGGAUAUAACGUGUAACUUUUAGUGGAUAGUUUUGUGAGUGAGAAGACAGACUGUCGGAAGUCUCUUCUGAGCUGGCUUUAAAUGUAUUCAACGAUUUUUUGAUACUUCGGAGCUGGGAUUUUAAGGACAUCAACAGAGCCAUAACAAAGGACCCCGUGACCUCCAACGUACAAAAAUUUCGCAUAAUACCAUUAAUUUUUCUAAAACCCCAUAAACUCGAGUGAUAACUACAGGAUGAUAGAAUAAUCCUGAAUCCCCAAGUUAUGUGUAAAGACGAACAAAAUCCCAUAAUUACCUCUUGAACCCAGUGAGCUCCCCGAAUCGGUGCCAUAUUGAAUAAACGUAGUGACAUCAUGACUCAUAACGAUCCCGGGACCACAGUUGAUCCGGUCCUGACUUCUGCCUAAACCGGAUAACCCUCCUAAAAACACCUAAACCUCAUAAUCCGUGAUGAUAUGUGCAUAGGUAAUCCUAGGGUACCCAGUACCAUCAGGUCCUCUGUAUCAAUGUCAAUAUGCGAGGGGCUGCCAGUGGUUCAGUGUCAUCAGUAACCCUAAAAGUUGGUGGUACAACAGUUCAAAAUAAUCUAAGAAUAUCGAACAAUAUAGCAUCAGCCGCUGUGCGGUACAAUGAUACUACCCUUGUCAACAAUACAAAUAACAAUACAAAUAGUCGUAUCAACACUAUUGGAAUGGGUACUGGUGAUGUUGCACUGGCACCAACAUCCAGGAUGAGUCCACCAACAAGUAUGGAUACAUCAGAGGGUCCCCACACAAUGGUGAGUGGUUCAACAGUUGCACUUGUUAAGGCUGAAACACCAGAGCACAUGGCUGGUACAUCAAUAGGGCCAACAUCAGCAUCAACACUGAGUGGUCCAGUUGGUUCUGGUAACUCACUGUUUGCCGGUAUUGCCAGCAGUAAUAAACGACCCAGGCCAGAUGAUUGGUUAGCACCAAACAGUCCAAAUUCACCUCAAACAUUGUCAAAUCAGCAGUUGAUUUAUACAACACCACAGCAGCAACUUGAUAGAACACCACCACCGGUAUCUACGACGCAGACACCACCGCUCAAGCAGCAAGCUAUGCAGCAACCUAUUACGUUAUCAACGGGAGUUGGACAGGGACAGCAGACCAGUAAUAAUGGUUAUGUCAGCCCCAUGAGCUCGGGCAGUUAUGAUCCUUACAGUCCAAAUGGAAAAAUUGGAAGGGACGAUUUAUCCCCACCAAGUUCCCUGAACGGCUAUAGUGCAGACAGUUGUGAUGCGAAAAAGAAAAAAGGACCAACACCCCGACAACAGGAGGAGUUGUGUCUAGUGUGUGGUGAUCGUGCAUCUGGUUAUCACUACAAUGCACUAACGUGUGAGGGCUGCAAGGGUUUCUUCAGGCGGAGUAUAACGAAAAACGCAGUUUACCAGUGUAAAUAUGGAAAUAAUUGUGAGAUUGACAUGUAUAUGAGACGAAAGUGUCAGGAAUGCAGGUUAAAGAAGUGUUUGUCGGUGGGAAUGAGGCCUGAAUGCGUUGUACCAGAGUAUCAAUGUGCUGUCAAACGCAAGGAGAAGAAGGCCCAGAAGGUAGGGGAUAAGGACAAACCGAACAGUACAACGAUGAACGGCUCACCUGGAAGUAUUAGUGGAAUGGCCGCCGACCAGAUUAAAAUUGAACCCUCGGAGGCAGAUUGUCUGCCAAUGAAUUCUGGCAGUACUGACUCGUUAAUAGAACUUAAGAAUGGACUUUCAAUCGUGAGUCCUGAGCAGGCUGAGCUCAUUCAGAGACUCGUUUAUUUCCAGGGACUCUAUGAGAAUCCCAGUCCUGAGGAUCUUGAAAGAAUUACGCAUCGACCAACGGAAGGUGAAGAUCCCGGUGAUGUUAGAUUUAGGCAUAUGGCGGAAAUAACGAUACUGACUGUACAGCUUAUUGUUGAAUUUGCCAAACACUUAUCGGGUUUCGAUAAAUUGCUGAGGGAGGAUCAAAUUGCCUUGCUCAAGGCAUGCUCCAGUGAAGUAAUGAUGCUGAGAAUGGCAAGAAAGUAUGACGCUACGACAGACAGUAUCCUAUUUGCUGAUAAUCAGCCGUACACGAGAGACAGCUACAGUUUGGCUGGAAUGGGUGAUACCAUCGAAGAUUUGCUGCGUUUUUGCCGGCAUAUGUACAAUAUGAAAGUCAACAAUGCUGAGUAUGCAUUAUUAACGGCUAUCGUUAUUUUCUCAGAACGACCAAUGCUCCUGGAAGGUUGGAAGGUGGAGAAAAUUCAGGAGAUAUACCUCGAGGCACUCAAAGCAUACGUGGACAGUCGUCGUAAACACAAAUCAGGAACCAUAUUCGCUAAACUACUCUCCGUAUUAACGGAAUUACGAACACUCGGCAAUCAAAACAGCGAAAUGUGCUUCAGUCUGAAGCUCAAAAACAAGAAGCUACCUCCAUUUCUUGCCGAGAUCUGGGAUGUCAUGCCCUAGUUUAUUUUCACUCUCAACAGGCAUGCUAAUUGCAGUGUAAUUGCCCCAGUGGCAUCAUAUUAUUUCAAUAACGACGCCCACUGCACAUUUGUUAUUGUCGAAAUAAAAAAAACACUCAUUCAAGUGGGAAAUAACGAGAGAUAAAAAUUUAAUGGAACGGUGUGCGUCAAUUUUUUUUACUAGUGCACCACUGUGCCACUGCCUCAUCGUCGUGAUAAAAUCGUUAUCUCCAUGCUCUUUUACCAUUAUUUUUUGUUCCUAAAUUAUUAUUUUAACAUUGCGUGGUACUCUACGAUAUUAAUCCAGAAAAAUUAUUUAUUUUACUAUCGAAAGAUGCGACGAAAGCGUGAAAUGAACGAUCAAAUGCAUAAUUUCAUCUUUUAUUAACCAAAAUUUCCAUAUUUUAUUCUAUAAAAAAAUUGUUACUGAGCAAUUAAACAACAUAGUUAUUUUUCUGGACCAUUAGCCCGUCUUAAAUCACAAAAACGAAACCAGAAACGUCACAGAAACACUCCUCAAGAACAAAUAAUAAUAAAAAAGAAGAAGAAAAGGCAGUGGUGAAGGCACCCAGGCUGUGAUACGUAGAGACAGUUACAGAGACUAUAUAAGAAACUAUUCUACACUUAUAUAUUACUAAAAAAAUUGAGGAAAAAUGAUAAACAUAAUGAUCACUUACCCGGACCCCUCUAAACUAAAAAAUAAAUCAUAAAAUUGAGCAAAAUACUAGGUAAGACAUAAUCGUUAAUGUACAGAGAGAGCUCGAAGAUCAGUGUGAGACUGAAAGAAAGAAAAAAAAUCUUAAUUACCUGAAAAUUGAAGGGAAAAAAAUCUACGACAGAACGAAAUAAAGGAAAAAUAAUUGAAUAAACGUGAAGAGUAAAUCCAAUAAUAAAAAAAUAAACAAUAAUGCGCAGAGAGAAAUGAAAGAUGAUUGAGAAGAGAAUGAGGAUACGAAUGCGGAGUAUUAAAUGGAGAAAAACUAAUAAUUUAAGGUUUAAGAUUAUUAAAUAAUACAAAUCUGUGUGCUUUGUAUUGGGCACUGUUGAGCAGUGCCUCUGGCACGUACUUUGAAAUAAAACUGCGAAUUACGAUACAAUAGAGUCUAUAUCACGAUACAUAGCAUAAUAUAUUGCCAGCAUAUACGUUUGUUUGUACGAAGUAAUAAAGCUGAUGAGAAUAUAGGGGAUAA